CGACCAGGCACGACCUCUUUGAAGCGCUGUAUUUACUCGGAUCACUGCAACCUGCACUGUCCCUCGAUGCCCUCUCGCGCAAAGCGACGCUGCAACGCGCCCGACGACCUGCUGUCGCCUCUCUCCGUGAAUGCCCUGCUUUGUCACCCAUCAGGCUGUCAACAGGCAUUCUCAGGCAACCACUUUAACUCCGCAUAUCUCCACCAGACGCGCUCGGCGCGUCAAGAGAGGCUGCACACACACUGUCCACUCGCCGGCCCACGACAUAUGGUGUGCAAGACGACAUCAUCCAUGAGCAUCACCAGAGCUCGAAUCGGCCCAGUCCCGACGCCGGAUCAACCAUGUAGCCAGCACCUCUUUCUAGCUCCCUGACCCGAGUUUCUAUUUGCCCCAAUAGUGCCGAGCAGCCAUGGACACUGCCGCUAGCGACAUGGCAAGCGUGCAGCAACAACCAAAGCACGAGGGCGGCAAGGGCCAGCUGCCCCUCUCCGACGACGAGCAGCGCAUCCUCGAGCUGUACCACCAGCUGCGCCAGCUCGAGCAGGAGCUUGCCCUCACGCGGGCUCUGCACGAGUACGAACCGUCACCGUCCGCCCGAAACCCUGCCACAGCGGACGACAUCGAGGCUGCGCAGCAAGCCCUGGCCGACUCGCGCGCCCGCUAUGUCCUGCGUAACCAGAUCGUGGACAGCGUGCUGUCGGUCAACCCGGUCCUCCAGGCCGUCCACCAUGGCGUCAACGCGUCCCCCAUAGAGAGAGAUCUAGCCCCGGUUCUCACAGCACGAGACAAAACCUCCACAGCCUUCGCCAAGCAGUCAACCACCCUUCGCGAGAUCCUUGACUCUGCGACCGCAGUGGAGAUCCAGUUUGCCACCGUCUCGCGCGAGAACGUGACCCUGGCCGCACAGGUCCUCGAGCUCGCGGCCGAGGCGGCCAAGAACAAGUCCCAGCCAGUCACGGACCCGGCCCAGGCCGCCGAGAUUGCGGAGCUCGAGGUCCGGAUGAAAGCCAGCAGGCAGCGGUUCCGCGUCGCCAAGGGCACGGCGAGUGCGAUCGUGGCGGGCAGCGGCGUGGACUGGGCGAGGGAUCCGGAGUUGAGGAGCAUCGUUCUUGAUGCCGAGGAGGAUGAUUGAAAAGAGUCAGGGAGGAAGGCACACGCAGCUCAGAGAUAGAAUGGCGGUCCCUUAUUGUCCACCAGCCACGAUCCGCCUGAAUACACAGAGCUCCUGAAGUGAGACCAAUGUCAUCACCCCACGUGGCCUCGUGGCAGCCAUGCCAAUCUUCA